AUUACUUGACGCGCGUGCGCAGUUCAAUGUUGUGAUUAUAAGCGCAGCGAUGUCUGCCUCCAUGGUGCGGGCGACCGUCCGAGCGGUCAGCAAAAGAAAGAUAUUAUCUACGAGAGCCGCACUGACUCUGACUCCAGCAGCUGUGAACAAGAUCAGGUUUUUGCUGCAGAACAAGCCAGAAUAUAUCGGUUUGAAGGUCGGGGUGAGAACUCGCGGCUGUAACGGAAUGACCUACACCCUGGACUACACCAAGGAGAAAGGGAAGUCUGACGAGGAGGUGCUGCAGGACGGCGUGAGGGUGUUCAUAGAGAAGAAGGCCCAGCUGACCCUGCUGGGCACUGAGAUGGACUUUGUGGAGUCAAAGCUGGCCAGCGAAUUCAUCUUCAACAAUCCCAACAUCAAGGGCACCUGCGGCUGCGGGGAGAGCUUCAACAUCUGAGCAUCUCCCCCCCCCCCGACCCGCUGCACCGUGCCAUUGUUCCGAACCCCGUCUCAUCCAUGAAGAGCGAGAGACUGAAUAGUAAAGAGGGAGUCGGGCUCCUGAGGCGCGGCGGCGUUUCCUACCAAUGCUCUUACUGCAGACCACUUGCACACACACACACAGCUCAUGUAUGCAUACACAUGCCUCGAGGAAGGUUUGGAAUUGGUUCUGUGUCGUCGAACCUCUCAGCCAGGUGGUUUUAGGUUCAGUUACCUCUGAUGAUGACAACAAUAUACGCACAAAUUAUUUUCAGAAAGUCAAAUUUAAGUUGGUAAAGCUUGAAUCCAUCGGCCCACAGCCAACCUCAGCUGUUUGAUAGCACACUGUAAGACAGUGUGCUAUCAUGACGCCAGCAGUGUGCAACAGUGGAAGAGUUUGUGUCUUGAAACUGCUUUUUUCAUUUGUAAACUGUAUAUUUAUCUCAGAGUGUAAAUAUAAAGAAUGUAUACCUCCAUUGAACCGCGCAAGCGCACAAAAAUAACAUCCCUCACAUAAGACAACACGAGGAUUGUUAUAUUUUCUUUUUUUCUUUUAGUUUGAUCAAAGCCAGGAUGUUGUUCUCACUCUGCAAUAUGUCACAUAUGUACAUAUGAAAUAAUAAAUGGCUAAAUCCAGUAAAA